AUGUCCACAUCUUCUUCCUCCGCUUCCUCAGGCAGAAGCUCGCCAGGAACGUCGCCAGUAACGACGCACUCUGCGCUUGACAGCGAUCCUGGAACACCCUCGGGACUAGGCCUCAACGUCAAGCUCGAGGCCUUUGGCCGUAUCCGUCCAGACGAUGGCCCCAGCCCCGCCCCGUCCCUCAUUACGCUGCACUCAAGCCUCCCCACUACUCCGGAACCCCAACCCCCCAACGAGGCAGAGUCCGAGUUUCCCGACCUCUCCGACGCACCCACCAUGCGCCGUCGCAAGCCGCCCGCCAGGAUGGCGAUGACGACGCUGGAGAACCGCGCGACCACCCAGAAGACCAAGACCAAGAAGAAGGCGAACAGGCACAAGAGCCCGCUCCUGGACGCACUCAAGCUCCCUCCACUGAGCGAGAUUAGCCUUCCCAGGCCUGCCCAAAUCAAGUUUGCGCCCCUCCACAUUCCCCCCCACCGCCGCUUACAGACCUUUGCAAUCCUCGCAUGGACGCUUCUCAUGCCCCUCUGCCUCAUGCUCUACUUCUACUGCUUCUCCAUUCCUGCCCUCUGGCCAAUCCUUCUCCCCUACACGAUCUGGGCGCUUGUUAUCGACAAGGCGCCAUUCAAGGGCGGCCGCCCAAAACGCUGGGCCCGUCGUUUCCCUCUGUGGAAGUACUUUUGCCAAUAUUACCCAUGCAGCAUGAUCAAGGAGGCAGACUUGCCCGCGGAUCGCACUUAUGUCUUCGGUUAUCACCCGCACGGCAUCAUCAGCAUGGGUGCGGUUGCGACAUUUGCGACCGAGUACACUGGGUUCUCUGACAACUACCCUGGUAUCAAGUCGCACCUCCUCACUCUCGACUCCAAUUUCGGCAUCCCCGUCUACCGCGAGCUGUUGAUGUUCCAGGGCAUCUGCUCUGUGAGCAAGCGCAGUUGCAGAAACAUUCUCCGCAAGGGCCCCGGAAACGCGAUUACAAUCGUCGUUGGCGGUGCUGCCGAGUCGCUCAACGCGCACCCGGGCACGCAAGACCUGACGUUGAAGAAGCGAUUUGGCUUUAUCAAGGUCGCGAUUCGCGAGGGCGCUCAACUCGUCCCGGUCUUUUCAUUUGGCGAGAACGACAUCUACGAGCAGCUCUCAAACGAGAAGGGUACGACAGUGUUCAAGCUGCAGAAGGGUUUCCAGAAGAUCUUUGGAUUCACACUGCCGCUCUUCCACGGCCGCGGCAUCUUCAACUACAGCCUGGGUCUGAUGCCAUACCGCCACCCGAUUGUGUCUGUUGUUGGGCGGCCUAUCGAUGUGGUGCAGAGCAACAACCCGUCGGACGAAUAUGUGCAGGAGGUGCACGCGCAGUACAUUGAGGAACUGAUGCGUAUCUGGGACAAGUACAAGGACAUCUACGCGAAGACGCGCACGCGGGAACUGCGGGUGAUUGAGUAG